CGGGCCAAAACUGUACAGAGUCACAAAGCGUACUCGAAACCGGUCUCAAUUUGGAAUCCGUCGUCAAAUCUUUCACCUCUUCUAAAUCAGGAAAUGGAGUCCCAAGUUUUUGGCGACCUCAAAUUCAAACCACUUCACCUAAAAGUCAAACACACCGCUCGCCGUUUCAAUUUCCCACCGGGAAAUAGUUCCCGGCGAAGAGAUACAUGCCACCUCAGCUUCUCCGUUCGAUGUGGGCCGAGUCCGACCGAGAAUGUUGAAAAAGCCAGCACGACGAAGAGGCGAGAUGUGCUCGUCACAUCUUUGCUCUUCCUUGGCGCCAGUGUGAUCCGGACGGCAGUGUCGAGAGCCGACGAAAAUCCGCCGGAGAGCAACCUGGCUGGGACGGAGGCUCCAAGUCCGAUGCCAGCUCAAGUAGAUAAGGCGACAGAGGAGAAGAAGACAGAGGAGGUGGUGAAUUCGAGGAUUUACGACGCGACCGCAAUCGGAGAACCGCUGGCGGUGGGGAAGGACAAGAGUAGAGUGUGGGAAAAGCUUAUGAGUAGUCGGAUUGUGUAUUUAGGAGAAGCGGAACAAGUUCCUACUCGGGACGACAAGGAAUUGGAGCUAGAGAUUUUGAAGAGUUUAAGGAAGAGAUGCGAAGAGGCACAAAGACCUAUUUCCCUGGCUUUGGAAGCCUUUCCUUCGGAUUUACAGCCACAACUCAAUGAUUACAUGGCCAAAAGUAUUGAUGAAGAAACCUUAAAGGCUUUUGUAUCACAUUGGCCACCUGAACGUUGGCAGGAGUAUGAACCCAUUCUAUCUUACUGCAACAUCAAUGGUGUACGACUAAUUGCCUGUGGUUUACCCCUUGAGGUUCAACGAAGAGUGCAAGCAGAAGGGAUUCACGGACUUUCAAAGUCCGAUUCUAAGAAGUAUUCUCCUCCCGCUGGUUCGGGCUUCAUCUCAGGCUUUACUCCCAGAUCUUACAGGUCUUCUAUCGAUAUGAACUCACCACCUAACUACUCAACUCGGUUUGGAUCACAAUCGUAUCUUUCUGCACAAGCAAGAGUUGUAGAGGAAUACUCAAUGUCACAGAUCAUAUUGCAAGCCAUAGAAGAUGAUGGACCUUCAGGCUUGCUUUUGGUUGUCACUGGCGGGACCCAUGUUGCAUAUGGAUAUAAGGGAACAGGGCUUCCCGCCAGGGUUUUUAGGACGUUGCAACAGAAGAAUCAAAGCGUGAUAUUACUUGAUCCAGAAAGACAAGAAAUAAGGAGGGAGGGAGAAGUUCCCGUUGCGGAUUUUUUAUGGUACUCUGCAGCACAACCUUGUAGUAGGAACUGUUUUGAUCGUGCUGAAAUUGCCCGUGUGAUGAAUGCAGCUGGAAAAAGGAGAGAUGCCUUACCCAAGGACCUCCAACAAGGACUAGAUCUUGGACUAGUAUCACCUGAAGUGCUGCAAAACUUUUUUGAUCUGGAGAAAUAUCCUUAUAUUUCUGAAUUAACUCAUGGUUUUCAGGGUUUUAGGGAGAGAUUGUUAGCAGAUCCUAAGUUUCUACACCGGUUAGCUAUCGAAGAAGCUAUAUCUAUAACAACCACACUCUUAGCUCAAUACCAGAAACGCAAGGAAAAAUUCAUGGAGGAGCUUGACUAUGUUAUAACAGAUACUGUUAGGGGAACCGUUGUGGAUUUCUUCACAGUGUGGCUCCCUGCCCCCACGAUUUCUUUUCUACCAGCAGCGAAUGACGUUAAUCUGCCUGAAAGCUUUGAAGCAUUGAAGGGUCUAUUGGGGAGCAUCCCGGACAAUGCAUUUCAGAAGAGUUUUGCAGGGAAGGAUUGGGCAUUGAGCCAUAGAGUUGCAUCCGUCAUUGUUGGCGGUCUGAAAUUGGCAAGUGUAGGAUUUAUUUCGAGUAUUGGGGCAGUGACAUCUUCUAAUGUCUUAUUUGGAAUACGUAGAGCAAUAAAUCCAACUCUUGCUAAGAGUCCACAGAAUAAACGUUCUCCGGUGCUGAAAACAGCUCUUGUGUAUGGGGGCUUUCUUGGAAUAUCAGCAAAUUUGCGUUAUCAGAUAAUUGCAGGAAUAGUAGAGCACCGGAUUUCGGACCAGUUCUCUGACCAGACAUUAUUUGUAAAUAUGCUGUCUUUUGUUGUUCGUACAAUCAACUCAUAUUGGGGUACCCAGCAAUGGAUAGACCUUGCACGGUUUACAGGGCUGCAAGCACGAAAGGUUGAAGGUGACUCCCCAAAUAAUGCCGCAGUAGAAUGUCAAACUACAGAUGAAACUUACAACUCUGAUGAUUCAUAAUAUCACACCAACAAUCAGUACUUCAGUUUAUUUUCCCACGUUUCAUUGCAUACCGACGGUUUUGCCACACAGAUGGUACAUGCGCAUAUUUUUUGUACCUACUAAUUGUAAAUUAAUUGUAAUAUCUGUAAGUUAGUAAAUUGUAUGUAGAAAACUGUUUCUUGAGUUGUAUAGAAGGAAUUUGAUGUUUUGGUUAUCACUCACCAGGUCACAAUAGAAUAAUUUUGUUAUUAAAUUUUGUACAAAGCAAAAGUCAAGAUAUACUACGUAUUUUGCACAUUUUAA